AUGCAUUCAUACUUACCAUUUGAUUACCAUCCACCUAAUUUUUACAAUAAACAUGAGAAGUUCAAUGAAUUAGAGACCUGGCACUCAACCGCGAAUCAAAAUCAACAAACGAACGAUGAUAGUCAUAAUAGUAAUGAUAAUUGGGUAGUGUCAGAACAAAAUAAUGGUGUAUAUGAACAACAACGAUCUAGAAGAUGCCGAACAUAUCAUUCAUAUUGUCAGAGUCAUCACUAUCAUCUUCGUAAACAUACAUCAGUAUCUCACCAUGAUGACAAGCAUUAUGCUAACAAUACAUUUAUUGACUAUAAUGAAUACAAUGUGCCAUUCGAAUGUCAGAUAAUUAACAAUCACAAUCCAUAUGAAUAUUAUCGAUCAUUUGAAAAAUAUUCUACCGAUAAUCGACGCUUAUCAUCGUCCAGUGAACCCUCUCGUCACCUAUCGGAAAUAUCAGGUAAUAUAAUUCCUUUACUAUCACAAUCUCUUCCAACCAGUUCAACAGCAAUCACUGGAAAACACAAUCAAUAUUCAGAGAAACAAAAACAUUUUAAUCGAAAAACAAAUUCAUUACUAUUUGAUCAAGUAGUCGAAGUUAAAAAAGUUGAUGUUAUUCAAUGUUCUCAUUUAAAAAGAGAUUUUCAUCAAGAAUAUUCGUGGAGUAAUAGACAACAUGAACGCAUUAGUAAAGAAAGAAAUGAACGGCACCACCACCAUCGUCAUCCUAAACAGAUAUUGAACAGUGAAGUCAUUGAUUCUAGUCGUGAUUUAGAUAAUCAAUCGAAUCAAGAUGAUUUUACUGUUCAUCCAGUUAAAAAGCAAUUACACUACACGCAGCAGUUAAUAUGUUUAAGAGAAAAUAUUAAUAAUUUAUCUUAUCGUGAAUUACAUUUUCAACAAGACUAUGUUGUAUUGAAAAUUAUUCAAGAAAAAAAUUCAUUAAUUAAUCAAAAUCGUUAUCGUGUUGAUCAUUGUCAAAAAGAGUUAAAAUUACAAUAUAAAGUAAUGAGUAUUCUACUAGACGAUGUCAUCAUUUCAGCAGGCACAAUUGUUAAAAAUGAACCAUGUAUACCAAUACAAAUCUCACAAUCGACGGUACAACCGCCAAGAAAGCAUACAACUAUCAUUAGAUGUCUAGAGGAUAAUGAUGAUGUACAAAUCGUAAAAUCACAACUAAUGCUUGAUUCACAAACAUCAGUGGUUAAAGUACUCGACGAUUCAGACGUCAACACGUUAAAGAAUAGUGUACUGAUUGAUGAGAAAACGGCAAAACUCUAUACUAAACUGUAUGAUGAUAAAAACAAAAAUUUAGAUAAGAAGAAACAGAUAGAUCAACAUAUAUUUACUAGACCAUUGCAAAAAAACGAUCAACACACACGAGCACUCGAUAGAAAAUUUAACAUUGAAAAUGAAAUAGAUCGAGCAAGAAUCAAUUUGAUCGAUGUAGUUGAUAGUACAUCAUCAAGUACCGAUAGAAAUACGACUGACGGUCAAAAUAACAAAAAUAAUGCACAGUUAGUGAGCACAUUAGAAGAUUUCACAUCAGAAGACACAUUUACAGGAUUAGAUCAUGGAAAAACGCCACGCUAUAGUCGAUCAUACGGUACCCAAUCGAGAAAAGAAUCAGAGAAAAAAAAUGUUGAUGUCUUAGAGAUAAUGUCAUUGUCACAUCCAUCAGUCAUCGAUCGGCACACACGUGUCGCUGAUGCACAUUGGAAUCGGGAUAAUGAGCUGGAUCCAGCACGACUAAGAAGUUAUAGUAAUGAUAGACGUGUAACAUCAGGAAAAAGCAAAUCGCCAGAGGAAACAAAAAUGAAUUCGCAAUCCCAUAAUGCGCUGAGAAAUAGUAAAAAUGAGCGAAAAUAUGUUCAAUCGGAGAUGUGUCCUACUAUUCAAUCGAGAUCAUCGAAUAAUAAACAAGAAGAAAAUGAAGAAAUUAUAUUAUCCACAAAUGAAAGUGCUACUACUCCCGUUUCAUAUCCACAUUACAAACACGAAGGAGAUAAAAUUAGAGAAUUACUAAAGAAUCAUCCAUCUCAAAUGAAACACAUUCACCAAGUAAAAUCGUCUCAUAAACAACAUACAGAGAUAGGAAAUUUUAAUGAUCUAGUUACUGGUGUAGCAGUUAAUAUUGAUGUUGUUAAAUGUGACAAUAGUCAAUGUCAGAAUGGUCAUCAACAUCAUUCUCAUAAAAGUAAUAAUAUAUUUGAACAUGAAAUAUAUCAACAAAAUUAUUCCAAUAACAAUGAUGAACCGUGGAGAUCUGCUGAUUCAAUCUAUUUAACAUUCAAUAAUUUAAACGUUGAAGAAUAUCAGAAUGAAUGGAAUAGUAAUCAAACAUCAUUAAUGAAAACAUAUAGUAUGCCAAAUGUAAUUAAUACUAGUCAAAUACAACAUGAAGAAUAUUUAAAAGAUCCAACAGACUAUUAUCUCUAUCAUGAUCAACAACAAGGAACACAGCAACAAUCACCAACAGUAUUGAAGAAUAAUGAAGAAACUAUCAAAGAUAGCAAACAUCUUCUAUUGAAUGCUAAACAGGGAAUAAUAACGAGUAACAGUCAUAUGUCCAAACGAAGUUCUACUGUACCAAAAUUGCCAUUAACAACAACACACAGACGGACUUUGCAAUGGUUACCCGCAACAAUUAAACAAAAAUUAUUAGGCUCUAAUCUGAAUAUGAACAAUUCUCCAUUAAAAGAACAAGAAAAUAUAACUGAUAUCACAGCUGAUAUCAUUACGUCUACUAUUGACACAAAGAAUAGCAGUAGUAGUAGAACAAGUUCAGAUGAUAAUUCAACUAGUACUUCCAUAACAACAACAACAUCGUCAAGUCAAAACAGCUCUAAAACGAAAAAACAACUUAUACAAAAAGCAAAAUCAGAACAAGUAACAAUUAAAAACACCAUAAACAUUGAAAAUAUUAAACACGUUUUGAAAAAUUUACAAAAUUCUCUUUUACGUCAUCGAGCAGCAUUAACUCAAAAGAAACAUCAACAAAUAACAAAAUCACUAAAUAAUUUUAAACAAAUUCAAAUGUUACAUAAACAAUUAUCACUAACAAAAUAUCAAGAAUUCAGCAUAAAUAAAUCGGAUUUCAAAAUUCAACAAGAAAAAUUGAUAAAAUCAAAUGAAUCCAUACAAAAGUCAAUUGAAACGGAUAAUUUCAAUAUAAUGGAACCACUACAAACUAAUUUGACACAAUGUCAUGUGAAUAAAUAUCAUCAUACAGAAAAUAGACAAAAGGAAUUUGCAUUAGAAUCGCCAAUAUUGAAAACAACUCAUAAACAAAAUCCAUUAUAUUUGAGAGCACUAGAAAAUAGACAUCACCAUCAACGUUUAUCGAUGACAUCAGAUUCUCUAUUAUUCGAAAGUAGUUUACCAACAACUUUAUCGUCGUCAUCUACACUAGUCGAUAUAGAAAAAACAAAAACACAAUCAAAAAUUCCAAAAAAUAACGAUUUAUAUGGUUUAACAAAUCAAAAUUUAUUUGAGAAUAGUGAGCAUAUAUCAUCAAUGCCACAUAUCACAUCAACAUAUGAUUCAAUGAUAAGUACAUCGACAGUCGAUGUUGACUACGAAUUAGAAUUCAGUGAAAAACAGUUGAAAAUAGCAUCCACAACUAAAGAUGAACAAGAACGUAAACGUCUACAAAAUUGUGCAAAAAAUUUAAAUACAAAUCAAAUAAUAGAUGAUGACAAACAAGCUACAUUCUAUCAUCAACAUAUGAUAUGUUUACCAUUUUUAUGUCAACAAACGAAGCCACGAUCGAGAAGUAAAAAAUAUGCAUUGAAAACAGUGAAUAAAAUUGAUACAAAACAGAAAAAAAGAAUAGAGAAAAGAAAGCAUGAUAUGGUUAAAACUAACGACGAAAUAUCAUUGUCUUAUUCACGCUCGCUAUGUUCACGAACUACAAACCAACAAAUCAAAAUGAUCAAAUCUGACAUUUUUCUUUCUGACAAUAUUGAUCAAAGUAAAUGUCGAUUAAAUCUAAAUAAUGGCAGUAUUCGAACAAGAAUACCAUCUUUAACAAAGCAAAUGUCAUCCUCUUUUAUGUGCGUAUUACAAGUUCUAUUAUUAACAUCUCUUAUUUAUCGAUUAAUCAUAUAUCCUUAUUUAUUUGAUGAUGGUGCUGAGAAAAAUCAGGAACAAUAUUAUUCAUUUACUUAUCCAGAAAACUCAGCUUCUUUGCUUCAAACAUCAUUCAAAGACAAUAGCAUCUCAUCUUCUACUAUUGAAGAUAACAACAACUUUUUCUCAUUUUUAAAAAUAGGUCGAUGA